CAUCUCUCGGCGGCAGGCAUCUCACCACCUCCAUAUCGUUGGCUGAAGGCAGGUGAUGUUCCGCCGAUGGCCUUCAUGGUCUUUCCCUGAGAAAGUCUCACCAAGCUACUGCAGAGUAGAACAAAACGGGUGCUGCUACUGGUGCUGCUCCCAAAGAAAAGCCAAACGUCUCUUGCCCGACCUGACAGAGCUAGCUCUUAGCCUCUUAGCGCUCGCCGUAGACGCCAUCCCCAAAUGUGAUUCGUCAAUUGGCAUCUUUCUGGAACCUUGUCAUCUGGAUCAAUCCUAGCUUUUCCCUCUCUCUCACAGCUCACUUCUCUCACUCUCCACACUUUGCUCCACCCCAGCGGCCGGCUCUCAC